ACCAAUAAAUAGCCUCAUGAGUCUGUCUGUCCCACAAAAGUAUUGUAGUAAAAGAUGGUCACCAACAACAAAAUGUAAAAGACUGUCAUCUCCAAGAAAUGGUUCUGAUAAGAGAUGUUCACCACCAAGAGCAAAUGAUGACAAACAGUUGUCGCCCACAAGAAGCUGUGAGAGAUGGAGAUCUCCCAAGACUGAUGACAAACAGGGGAUGCCACAAAAGAACCACAGACCACAAUCAUUACCAAGACGAGAUGAGGAACAAUCAUUGCCUAAGAAGGGAGAUGAAGAAAUUUCAUUGGUUAUUAGAAAGCGCAAAAGAAGUGCAUCCCUUGAAGAAGAACUAUAUUCUCAGAAAAAGAAGUCUGGCAGUAUUCAGAUUCUGAAAAAGCAGCUGCUGGAUGAUUCAGCUGUCCAAUCGUUGUCAAGACAGUCCAACAUUGAAGAAGUUGUAAAUUUGGUGGUUCCUGCCUUACUGGCAAAACUAGCCGAAAACGAGGAUUCGUCAACGAAGUCUUCAUUACCCUCACAGGACAAAAAAGUCAGAAAAGUUCUAAAAAAAUUGUCUAGUAGAAGCACUUCGUCAUCUUCUUCUAAACAGGCAAAAUCUUCUAUAAGACCCAAGGAUGUCACUUCAAAGAAGGUCCUCUACAAAACUACAGAAACGCUGAAAAAACAUUGUAAAAUGAAAUCCGGUGCUACCAAAGAACUUGGUUUUUGCGAGAAUCUGGAUAAUCUUCCAAUUAAAAAACUUUUAUCACUUCAUCAAAAACUUGUGAGAAAAGCAAAACAAUUGUCUUACAAAGGUAAAACUACCUUCAGGUCCAAAGCCUACUCUGUAGAAAAACAGACUUUGAAGUCAGUUGUAUUUAAAACAGAACCCUUACAGCCAUCUGGGAAGAACAGAAUUCAAGAAAAGUUGCCUCACACUGGACAAUCAAACCAUAAACCGAGACUAGUUUCCAGAAAAAAUCAAGAUUUGGAAGCUACAGUUAGAGAAAAGCCCAGGGUGAAAGGGGUAGCAAGGAUUAUUGUUGUUGAAUCAAAGAAUGGAAAGAGACUUGUCAAAAAAGUAAAGGCCAAUGCUUCAAACCCAUCUGCAGAAAAAUAUUCUGGACAUUCAAGGUCUAAAGUUGAAGAUUCUUUGGGUGAAAAAUGGCAUGUAUCAAAUUCUACUCAGCCGGAUCCAAAAGAGACUAAGCCACUGUUCAAUAGUAAACUUGUGAUGACCUCGCAUCAACCUCAAAUUGAAGAGACCGUCAUCAAAAUGGAAGAAACAUUUGUUAAAGCCUCACCAAAAGUCCAACCAGGAAAAGUAUCAGAUUCCAAGAAGUCCAAAAGUCUUCAAUCAACAACCAGAAAGAAGACUUUCAAAGAAAUUAAAGACUCUCAGGUUGUGGUUAAAGGUACUACCAAGGUUGGAAAGCAGUUACAGAAAACGGUUACUAUAUCAAAUAAGAAAAUUCUAACAAAAGCAAAGAUGAAUGGUUCAAAAACUGUUCUACCUAAAAAUCUGGAUAAAACUUUCAGGUGUUCUGAGGUAGCUAAGCAAAUAAAAAUAGAAGAUUCUUGGGGAGACCAAUGGCCUAUAUCAAAUACUUCACAGUCUGGACACAAAGAGACGAAGCCACUGGACAGUAAAGUGAAGGCCACAUCUGAUACACCUCCAGCCAAAGAAUUGAUUGUCAAAACUCAGGACAUCUCAGUCAAAGCACUACCUCACAUCGGGCCAAGAACGGGUCCAAAUCCACUUAGCCAGAAGUCCAAAAGUCCUGAAAAGAAUCUUGAUUUUGACGAAAUAUUAGAAAAACCAGUAUCUGAUGAAAACAUAGGCAAGGAAAGGCUCCCAGAAUCAACUGUCCGUGUUUCAAAAACAUCUGCAUCCACAUUGCCAGUGACUGAAACCUGCCUGGAUGAGUCUGAGACUUCAAAAUCUGGGAUGCAACACAGAUGCAACACACAUGGAAGUCAGUCAUUAAGCAGCAAAGAAAAAGAAGAAACUUCAUCUCAGAUCAUUAAUGCAUCAUUGGAGUUGACAUUGCAAGAAAACCUUCCUGAGGGAUAUGGAAGUUUAGAAAAGGCGAACUCUAAAAUAAAGGUGGAAGGGCCUUCCGUCAUUAUGGAAGAUAAUGUUCACACGGUGAAGGCAAACGAUCUAGCAGUUGAAAUAAGCAAGCAGACAGAACCUAAUGUAAAAGAAAUAAAAAAAAAUUAUAAGGCACAGUCUGGAAAUAUUGCAGCGGACGUGCCCACCAGUAUACCUGUUCUUGAGACCAAGACAAAUGAAGCUACUGGCACCAAUGCUUCUUCCGGUGAUGGUGCCCAACGAGUGACCAUUCCUGAUAAGCUGAUUGAUUCAACUCAGACUCAACAGAUGACGGUACCAACUCCAAGAACCUCUGUCAAAGCUGGGUCACAGGUCCAAGCAAAAACUGUCACAAACCCAGACUUUGCAGAUCUAAACUCCACAAAUGGGAAACAGCUGCAAGAACAAAUAAAGUCUUCAGGAAGCUCUGUUGAUGCAUCUGUGGUGGCGCUGCAGGAAAUUGGAUGGCAGGAGAAAAAUAUGGCUCUAACAGAUGCUGGUAUGUCUCAGACCCAGAAAAACCAGCCACUAAACCCCGUGUGUACCAUACCAGUGUUGGUGAGCAAGGCCAGCUCUCCCAUAAUCAGUACGAACUGUAAAAAACCUGAGACUCCAAACCACUUUGAUUCAUUGACUGUUGGUGAAAGGAUAGCAAAUUACCUGAAUAUAACAAGCUUUGAUUGUGUCCCUGCAACAAGCAUCCUGUCAUCUCAAGCUUGCAUUCUUGACUCCACUCUGCUGUUGAUAACAAACCUUCCAAUGCACCAGCACAGCUCCUACAAGGAGAAGGAACUUGCAGAUCUGCUGUGCAAAUUUAAAUUUCAGUAUUUGGCCAACAACAUUUACGUAAUUCCUCAGACCGGAAUGGCUUUUGCACUCAUGCCCAAUGAGCCUUCAGCAAGGUGCAUCAUUUGGGUGUCGGAGAGAAACAAACUCCAUCUCCAACAGCAAAGACUCUUCUUUCACAUCAUGAAAAAUAACAUUUUACUGUCUCCGCUUGUGUUUUAUAAAUCUCUCAUGGAACCAACGCCUCUUGUAACACCAAAACUGCCGCUAAAAGCUCUACCGGACAGCAGGGAGAUCUUGACAGGGGUAGAAAUACCAAAUGCAAAGUGUGGCAUUCCUCCGGGCACCACUGCGCCAUUUUGGGUCACCAUGACGACUGUGCCCUAUGUAUUUCCAACCGUGUGUCCUUGGUUUAACAUCCCCAAUUUUCUGACGGUAAAAGGAGAAGAGGACAUUUUGAUGACCCCCCAUCCUGGCUCUGAGUUCUUCACUGUCAUGUUGACUGGUUUACCAGAAACAUGCUACAAACACGAGGACAUCGCAAAGCUGGUUUGGCCUUAUUUUCCCAUACAGAACCUUCGGACUCUCUACUACAACAUCUUGGUCCUACCAUUGCAGAGGAGGAUGAGGACUCAGGUUAUUGUACUGGUUAAAAACCAAUUAAACCACCCCAACUGA